CGUGACUAGAACAAACUUGCUGAGUCACUUGGCAGCAAGGAUUAGUUACAUAAUCGCUUGAUUAUCAACCUUUUAGAAGACAACAGCAAGUGACGGCGAACAUGUUACUCCUGGAAGAACUCCCAGGGUUUCUAACAGUCUUGAUAAACCUGCACAUGAGGUUCGACUCGACAUACGUACAGAAAGAACCCGUAAAUUUUACUUCGCUGAAUCCUGUCGGUGAUUGCCCCGGAUCACUGAACGGAGCAAUGCGAGACCCAGACAAAUGUCUUGUUGUCAUCCAAGAAUGGUGGGGCAUGAACGAGCAGAUAAAACAACAAGCGUUAGAUAUAGCCGGUUUGGGAAGUAUGACGACAAUUGUACCUGAUUUAUACCGGGGAAUAGUGGCUGAGAACAGCACGGAAGCGUUCCAUCUUGUAACCAACUUGGAUUACGCGGGUGCCAUCCAGGAUAUUAAAGGUGCGGCACAGUACCUUCUAAAACAAGGUUGCAGGAAAGUUGGUGUUACUGGCUUCUGCAUGGGAGGUGCCUUAUCACUCGCCGCCGCAGCUCUUGUGCCAGAAAUCUCUGCCGCUGCACCGUUUUAUGGCAUUCCUGAUCCUCGGCUCGCAAACAUGUCUACCAUUAAAAUACCGGUGCAGUGUCACUUUGGCAAAUUAGACCGAUCCAACACAGCUAACAUUACAGAAUAUACCAAGCUCAGGCAACAACUGGACGCCGGAGACGUGAAUUACGAAUUCUAUGAAUACGAAGCUGGUCACGCUUUCACCAAUCCGCACAGCAGAAAUUAUAACGAAUCCAUAGCUGAGCUGUCGAUUGGUCGAAUGAUUGACUUCAUGAAAAAACAUUUAGGAGGUUCAGGAAAGUGAUGAACACCCUGUGGGAAACAAUCAACCAUUCUUUCGCUUACUUCCUAUUCUUAAUGUAGGCACAAUAAGCUGCUUAAGCACUGAGUCAGCGAUUAGAAAUAAGAGAGCACACUGGGUCGCAGUGGUUCGAGCCCUGGGAUUUUAACUACCAUGGGAGUUCUUUUUUUCACAGCCCUAAAAGCACUAUUGAUUAGUUACUGCCAUCAUUAUUGUAAUUAUUAAUUUUUUUCACCGCUACAAAUUUAUGCCGGCCUGGAUUAUUGAUUUAUAAAACAUACAUGGCUUUGACUUCGUUAAACUGUGAUGAAAAAAAAAAGUAACAAAACGAAAAACGUUGUGUCUCAAGAUGUCUUUCAGCUCAGUAAGUAAUAAGCAAAGAAUCUUUUUGAGUGAUCUCGUCGCAUUGGUGUAUCAAGACAGUCUGACAGAUCAGGCGGAGAUAGUAUAACGCAUGCGCUUUCUUUUCUUCAAAUACUAAGGCGGCUGGUCACUUGAACCAUUCCAACAGGAGAUUAUAAACUGAAAAAAUCUCAUGAACUGAAAUAAUUCUCAAAUACUGGGUUGUGUACAACACAAUAGUGUAAACAUAAAAAAAUUCAAACAUUUAUAUACAAAUAC